ACCUGUUGCGAGGGGGUCCCACAGCACCUAGAAUUGAGGACGAGGACAUAGAGGUACUAUGUGCAGUGGUGAAGGACAGUCCCUGCAUACACGAAGUUGACUUGAGAUACAACAAUCUCACUGACAAGUCCGCCCAACAUAUCGCCACAAUGCUCAAGGAGUGUGACAGUCUUGUAGCUCUCAAUCUGAUGUCCAAUUUCUUCACCAAAGAGGCAGCCCGACUCAUUGCAGAAAGUCUUCACGACAACGGUAUCCUCAAGAUGCUGAAAAUGAAUGGGAACAAGAUAGGUAAUGAGGGCGGCAUGAGUUUCGCCGCCAUGCUCCAGAUCAACGCCGGCCUUGAAAUUCUGGACUUGAACGACUGCGAUUUGGGAAUGGAAAGUGUGCUGGCUCUAGCAACUGUACUCCGGCAGAACAAGUUCAUCACCAGUCUGGACGUCGGCAGACCCCUUCUCUUCAGUGUGCAAGAAGAAACUACAGUUCACAUGGGGUUGAUGCUGCGUGUGAAUACAGUUCUGAAGGAGUUGCAUCUUACCAAAUAUGGAAUGGGGGACUUCGGAGCAGAGAGGUUGGCCGAGGGUCUCUAUGAUAACAACACUCUCAAGUACCUCGAUUUGUCAAAUAACCGGAUCACUCGCGACGGGACUGCUUUUCUGGGCAAACUACUGGAGCGGAACCAGACUCUGGAGGUGUUGCAGCUGGACCAAAACAGACUGGAGUGUCAGGGCGCCAUGACAAUUGCACACUCAUUGAUGAAAAACUUCUCUCUCGUGUCCUUGUCGGUGAAGAGGAACCAGAUCAAAGGGCCUGGACUGUGUGAGAUAGCUGAGUGCAUGGAGGUCAAUCGGACCCUGGAGAAACUGUACGUGUGGGGAAACGUCUUCGAACAGGACGCAUGCAAGGCCAUCAAAUCCCUUCUGGACCGAAUGAGACUACAAAAAGAGAACACAGACGUUGUGUACUUCGAGGCAGACGGCAAGAUCUCGUUGAGUGAACAGAGUCAUGGAACCAGGACAUACUACUACUACACGCCACUCUAUGGACCCGAAUCUAAAAUAAACACUAUGUCACUCCUACACAAUGACUACUCAAGCCCUGUUGUCAUAGCAACCUAAAAAUUAGAUUCAUCUCUAUAGAUCGCUCCAAAAAUUGCAUGUUAAAUGUCCAUGAGAAUUUUUUGCAACCGAUAGCCUCAAUUUUUGUUGGAAACACUUUGAAAUUUUCUCUGAUCACAUUGACUUAACUUGAAUGCUUCUACAAUUUCAUUGAAAGCAGUUGAGAAUUGAGUGAUUGCAACUAA